CCAUGUGCCAGCAGCCAGCACCAUGGGCAUGCUGGGAAAACCUCCCACCCAAGUCUUUGCCCUGGGUCCAGAGUCUGUGCCCCAUCCUGGUAAUCGCUGAGAACAACGGAGGCUACACACAACAGACGUUCCUUGUUUUCCAGGGGCCUGCGACAGCCACCCCAAUACCUGAAGCCAUGGGCAGUGGGGAAGACGAGCCGAGGAACUGCGCAGUGUGUGGGGACCGGGCUACAGGCUACCACUUCCAUGCCCUGACUUGUGAGGGCUGCAAGGGCUUCUUCAGGCGAACAGUCAACAAAAGCACCAGUCUCACGUGCCCCUUCGCUGGAAGCUGUGAGGUCAGCAAGGCCCAGAGGCGCCACUGCCCCGCCUGCAGGCUGCAGAAGUGCUUGGAUGCUGGCAUGAAGAAGGACAUGAUCCUAUCGGCAGAAGCCCUGGCAUUGCGGCGAGCAAGACAGGCCCAGCGACGGGCACAGCAAGCAUCGAUGCAGCUGAGUAAGGAGCAGAAAGAGCUAGUCCGGACACUCCUGGGGGCCCACGCUCGCCAUGUGGGCACCAUGUUUGACCAGUUUGUGCAGUUCAGGCCACCAGCUCAUCUGUUCAUCCAUCACCAGCGCUUGCCCACCCUGGUCCCUGUACUGCCCCUACUCAUGCAUUUUGCAGAUGUCAUCACCUUCAUGGUACAGCAAAUCAUCAAGUUCACCAAGGAUCUGCCCCUCUUUCGGUCCUUGCCCACGGAGGACCAGAUCUCCCUUCUCAAGGGAGCAGCUAUAGAAAUCUGUCAUAUUGCACUUAACACCACUUUCUGUCUCCAAACACAAAACUUCCUCUGUGGGCCUCUUCGCUACACCAUAGAAGAUGCAGCACAAGUGGGGUUCCAGGAAGAGUUUUUGGAGUUCCUCUUUGGCUUCCAUAGGACACUGCGCCGACUACAGCUCCAGGAGCCUGAGUAUGUGCUCAUGGCUGCAAUGGCCCUCUUCUCUCCUGACCGGCCUGGAAUAACCUGCAGGGAGGAGAUCGAUCAGUUGCAAGAGGAGAUGGCGCUGACUCUGCAGAACUACAUCCAAGGCCAGCAGCCACGACCCCGGGACCGGUUUCUAUAUGCGAAGCUGCUGGGCCUGUUGGCUGAUCUCCGAAGCAUUCACGAUGCAUUUUGGUACCAAAUCCAGAACAUCCAGGGACUGUCCACCAUGAUGCCACUGCUCCAGGAGAUCUGCAGCUGAGGCCCAAUCUACCUCCUUCCCCAGCCCCACCUGGACACGUUGGACUGGAAAGGGGAGAAUCCUGGGGCCAGAGGUUGGAGACAGUAAACAGGGAGCCCAUUGGUUGCAGAGAAAGAUUAAAGCAGUAACUGCGUCUUCA